AUGCCCACUUUUCAAGUACACACCGAUUUGUUGUUUGAUCCUAAGAAGAAGGAGUUUGUCAAGGAUAUUUCUAUUACCAUAGAUCCAAACACCGGUCUUAUCACUGAAGUACACCAACGUAAAGAUGAAUUACCUGACAGCAUCGAAAAACCCAACAUAGACCUGAGAGGGAAAGUGGUCUGCCCAGGCUUUGUCGAUGCUCACACCCAUAUCUUCUUGCACGCUUACAAUGAAGCACCGUCCGUGGUUCAAAAGCGAGAUGAGAGUUUCGUGGAACGAAUUGAGGCCGAUGCGAAUAUCCGAGACGCUAUCAAUCGUGGACUUACUCCCGGUCCAAGACUCUUUGUCGCAACGAGAGUCAUCGCUUCUACAGCCGCUUACGAGCCUAGAACAGAGAAUCACCUCGGAGGGACCUGUAUGCCGGCGGGGUGCGAUUCUGCGGACGGUCCAGACGAACUUCGAAAGGCGGUCAGACGACGGAUUGGUCAUGGUGCAGAUGUCAUCAAAUUUUACGCUGAUUACUAUCGCCGAGUCAUGCGAUUUCCGCCCAAACAACAGCAUCCAUACAUCCCUUCUAUGAAAUUCCAACCCGUACAUCCAAACCCAGAUUUGGUCGUAUUUCAGGACGAAGAAAUGAAUGCAAUCGUAUCUGAAGCUAAAUUGGCAUGUGCACCAGCGAUAGCUCAUGCAGACUCAAGAGAAGGUGUCCUUGCAGCUGCUCGAGCUGGUGUAUUAUCGAUAGAACACGCUUCCAGAGCGGGAGAAGACGGUCUCAGUAUGUUGAAGGAAAAAGGAAUCAUUUUUGUCCCAACAAUGGCAAUAUUCGAGCUCAUCUUGCAAGAACGUUUCGACCGGGUGGUGGAGAAUCUCCAGUUGGCCCAUAAAUUAGGUGUACGAUUGGCUUGCGGAGGCGAUACCGGUACCUUUCCCCAUGGAGAGAAUGCAAGGGAAAUGGAAAUCUUCAUCGAGGCUGGCAUUUCUGUGGAGGAUACAUUAGAAGCCGGCACAGUCGGUGGCUGGGAAGCUUGUGGUGGUGAUCUUUGCGGUCGUAGGUUCGGAUGGUUCGAGACAGGAUGUGCUGCAGACAUAAUCGCACUGGAUACCGACCCCCGGGUGGAUCCAAAAGCUCUCAGAAAGGUGUCAUUUGUCAUGAAGGAUGGACGAAUAUGGAAAGAGAACCAUGAGGCGGUUGAUCUAUACUCGCCAUGA